UAAAUCUGCUCUAGCCAACGCAGAGCUGAGAAACCCGGCAGAGUUAAGAUGGCGGAGUAAGCAGUGAGACGACGGCUUAAAGCUCCGGGUCUCUUCCGUUAAAGUCGGAUUCUGUUAAAUCGCCCCACUACAAUAAAUAAGAAUUCAACCGUUAUACAUUAUUCACACAUAAUCGUCCAAUUUCGGGCUGAGCUCAUGACGUCUAUACACUUUGUGGUUCAUCCGUUGCCUGGGACCGAAGACCAGCUCAAUGACAGGCUGCGGGAGGUCUCUGAGAAGCUCAAUAAAUACAAUUGUACUAGUCACCCUCCUCUGAGUGUGUUGGAACAGGCCAUCAUAAAACAGUGUGUUGUUGGUCCAAACCAUGCUGCUUUUCUCCUAGAGGAUGGUAGUAUCUGUAGGAUCGGCUUUGCCGUACAGCCUGACCGACUGGAGUUGGGCAAACCAGAUGGAAACGAUGGCUCAAAGUUGAGCAGUGGUUCAGGGACAGUGAGGAGCUCCAGGCCAGGCAGGACUAGUGGUUCACCCUGGUUCCUUUCGAGUUCUGACACACUGGGCAGGCUGGCAAGCAACACCCUCGGGAGUCGCUGGAGCUCUGGUGUGAAUGGAGGAGGACCUGGAGGAGGAGCCGGCGGCGCUGUCACAGGCGGCGGCGGAGGUGGGGCGAGUGGCGGAGUCGCUGCAGGGGGUGGCUCCUCGGGCAGGUCGGUGGCGGCGACAGCGCGGGAUUCCCGCAGGCAGACCCGGGUAAUCCGCACCGGCAGGGACCGCGGCUCGAGCCUGCUGGGCAGUCAGCCUCAGCCCGUCAUCCCGGCCUCCGUCAUCCCAGAGGAACUCAUCUCUCAGGCCCAGGUCGUCCUGCAAGGAAAGUCCAGGAGCGUCAUCAUCCGCGAGCUGCAGCGCACCAACCUAGACGUCAACCUGGCCGUCAACAACCUGCUGAGCAGAGACGAUGAGGACGGCGACGACGGCGAUGACACCGCCAGCGAGUCUUACCUCCCUGGAGAGGACCUGAUGUCUCUCCUGGACCCUGACAUUCACUCCGCACACCCCAGCGUCAUCAUCGAUGCGGAUGCCAUGUUCUCUGAGGACAUCAGCUACUUUGGAUACCCCUCCUUUCGGCGCUCUUCCUUAUCCAGGCUGGGCUCCUCGCGAGUUUUCCUUCUUCCCCUAGAGCGCGACUCCGAACUGCUGCGUGAGCGAGAGUCCGUGCUGAGGCUGCGUGAGCGGAGGUGGCUGGACGGCACCUCCUUCGACGCCGAGCGCGGCUCCACCAGCAGGGAGAGCGAGGCCGGCCCGGACAAGAAGGGCGUCCCCACACAGAGCCCCGUCUCGCUGAGCGAGGACCUCCAGUGGUGGCCUGACAAGGACGGUACUCGGUUCAUGAGCAUCGGGGCGCUACAUUCGGAGCUGGUGGCAGUCAGCUGCAAAGGAGAGCUCUACCAGUGGAGGUGGGCUGAACCAGAACCCUAUAGGAACUCGCAGAAUCUUUCACUUCACCACCCCCGUACUUCCUUCCUGGGCCUGACUAAUGAGAAGAUCACCUUCCUGGCAGCCAACAGCAUCAGAGCUACAGUAGCCACAGAGUCCAACAAGGUGGCGACCUGGGUGGACGACACACUGAGCACGGUAGGCUCGAAGCUGGAGCACAGCGCGCAGGCCUUCGCAGAGCUGCAGGGCGAGCGCAUCCUGUCGUUGCAUUGCUGCGCUCUAUACACCUGCGCCCAGCUAGAGCACAGCCUCUUCUGGUGGGGCGUGGUGCCAUUUAGCCAGCGGAAGAAGAUGCUGGAGAAGGCAAGAGCCAAGAACAGGAAGCCGAAGUCGGGUGCCGGCAUGUCGUCUGUUCCAAACAUUUCUGUGGGGACUCAGGUGUGCCUGAGGAACAACCCUCUGUACCACGUGGGCACCGUGGCCUUUUCCGUCAGCAGCGGCAUCCCCAAAGUGGGCGUCCUCCUCGAGUCCGUGUGGAAUAUGAAUGACAGCUGCCGGUUCCAGCUUCGUUCCCCGGAGAGCCUUAGGAACAUGGAGAAGAGCAGCAAGACCCAGGAGGCUAAGGCAGACAGCAAACUGGACUUGCUGAAGACUGAGAUGGGACCCCCCCCAUCGCCGGCCUCCACGUGUAGCGACACGUCGUCCAUCGCGAGCAGCGCCUCGCUCCCCUACAAGCGACGGCGCUCUACACCUGCCCCCAAAGAGGAGGAAAAAUUAAACGAAGAGCAGUGGCCUCUUUGUGAAGUGGUCUUUGUGGAAGAUGUUAAAAACGCUCCCGUGGGAAAGGUGCUAAAAGUCGAUGGUGCGUAUGUUGCUGUGAAAUUUCCAGGGACGUCAAGCAGCGUGAGCAGCCAGAGCGCAGCUCCCUCUGACUCUGACCCGUCCUCACUGCUGCAGGACUGUAGGCUCCUCAGAAUAGAUGAGCUUCAGAUUGUAAAAACUGGUGGAACUCCAAAAGUUCCCGAUUGCUUCCAACGCACACCCAAAAAACUUAGUAUCCCAGAAAAGGCUGAAAUCCUGGCUGUAAACGCGGACUCCAAAGGGGUUCAUGCCGUGCUGAAGACGGGCAGCUGGGUGCGUUACUGUGUCUUUGAUCUGGCCACAGGCAAGGCCGAGCAAGAGCACAGUUUCCCCACCAGCAGCGUGGCCUUCCUGGGCCAGAAUGAGCGUAACGUGGCCAUUUUCACCGCCGGCCAGGAGUCGCCCAUUGUCCUGCGGGACGGUAAUGGAACGAUCUACCCCAUGGCAAAGGACUGUACAGGGGGCAUACGAGACCCCGACUGGCUGGAUUUGCCACCGAUCAGUAGUUUGGCCAUGGGGGUACAUUCCUUAUCUAACCUCCCUGCCAACUCCACCGUCAAGAAGAAGGCCGCUGUCAUCAUUAUGGUUGUUGAGAGGCCGGCGAUAAUGCAGCACAUCCUGCGCUGUGACUAUGAGGCGUGCCGGCAAUACUUCUGCAACCUAGAGCAAGGCCCCCACACUCUGGCCGCCCUUUUGGGCCACCGCUGCGACGGAAACCGCAACGUGCUGCACACCUGCGUGUCUGCCUGCUUUCCAGUCAGCAACAAGGAGACCAAGGAGGAGGAAGAAGCAGAGCGGUCGGAGCGGAACACGUACGCGGAGCGGCUGUCUGCCGUGGAGGCUAUCGCGAAUGCCAUUUCCGUGGUGUCCAACAACAGCUCUGGAAACAGGCCGGGCUCGUCGGGCACCAGGGGCCUCCGGCUGCGAGAGAUGAUGAGGCGUUCCCUCCGGCCCACCAGUCUGAGCCGUCACGAAUCCGGCCCACCCUCCAAUGAUCACCAGGACCCCACUUCCCCACCCAUCGUGCCGCCAAGCUGGGUGCCAGACCCGCCGCCCAUGGACCCAGACGGUGAUAUCGACUUUAUCCUGGCCCCCGCCGUGGGCUCGCUCGCUGCUGCUUCGGCCGGCCCCGGGCCUGUGCCCAGCACCUCCACCGUACCAGGCCCAUCUGAAACCACGGUGCUCGAGACGAGAGACCGCAAGGCCAACGCCCACCUGAUCCUCAAGAUGAUGUGUGACAGUGCCGUCCUUCGUCCGUACAUCCGGGAGCUGCUCUCCGCCAAGGAUGCCCGUGGGAUGACCCCCUUCAUGCUGGCGGUCAGUGGGAGAGCGUACCCGGCAGCCAUCACCAUCCUGGAAGCGGCUCAGAAAAUAGCCAAAGGGGACCCUGGAAUCGGUGAGAAGGGGGACGCCGACGCUGUGUUCAUGGAAAUGAUCUGCCCCCCUGGGACCAACCCGGACGACUCUCCGCUGUACGUCCUCUGCUGCAAUGACACCUGCAGCUUCACCUGGACUGGGGCAGAGCACAUCAACCAGGACAUCUUCGAAUGCCGGACCUGCGGCUUGCUGGAGUCGCUCUGCUGCUGCACGGAGUGUGCCAGGGUCUGUCACAAGGGGCACGACUGCAAGCUCAAGAGAACGUCCCCCACCGCCUACUGUGACUGCUGGGAGAAGUGCAAAUGUAGGACCCUGAUCUCUGGGCAGAAGGCCGCUCGCCUGGACCUGCUUUACCGGCUGCUCACAGCCACCAAACUGGUCACCAUGCCCAACAGCAGGGGGGAGCACAUCCUGCUAUUUUUGGUCCAGACGGUGGCUAGGCAGAGCGUGGAGCACUGUCAGUACCGGCCUCCGCGGAUCCGUGAAGACAGGAAUCGCAAGACCGCCAGUGCCGAAGAUUCGGACAUGCCGGACCAUGACCUGGAGCCCCCGCGAUUUGCCCAGCUGGCCCUGGAGCGCGUCCUGCAGGACUGGAACGCUCUCCGAUCCAUGAUCCUGUUCGGCUCCCAGGACAACAAGGACCCGCUGAGCGCCAGCAGCCGCAUCAGCCACCUCCUCCCCGAGGAGCAGGUCCACCUCCGGCAGCAGAGUGGAGCCAUUCGGCUGGACUGUUUCACCCACUGCCUCAUCGUCAAGUGCGCACCUGACAUCACGUUCAUCGACACCCUUUUGGGCACACUGGUGAAGGAGCUGCAGAACCGGUACACGGUGGGCCGCUGGGAGGAGGCUGUCACUGUCACCACCAGAUUCCUGCGCUCCGUGGCCCGAGUCUUCGUCAUCCUCAGUGUGGAGAUGGCCUCGUCCAAGAAGAAGAACAACUUCGUCCCCCAGCCCAUUGGCAAGUGCCGGCGCGUCUUCCAGGCCCUGCUGCCCUACGCCGUGGAGGAGCUGUGCAACGUGGCCGAGUCACUGAUCGCGCCAGUGCGUAUGGGCGUGGCCCGGCCCACAGCACCCUUCAGCCUGGCCAGCACCAGCAUCGACGCUGUGCAGGGCAGCGAGGACCUCUUCUGUGUGGAGCCACUGCCUCCGCGGCCCUCAGCGGAACAGCCCAGCAGCUCGAGUCAAGCUGCAUCCUCGUAUGUCGCACGGAACCCGCAGCCCCGGCGUAGCAACCAGCCACAGCCGGCAGGUGGGAGAGACGAGGAGACGGAGGACAUCGUGUCUGCGGACGUGGAGGAGGUGGAGGUGGUUGAGGGUGUAGCCGGGGAGGAGGAUCACCACGACGACCAGGAAGAGCAAGGAGAGGAGAAUGUGGAGGCGGAGGGGCAACAUGACGAGCAUGAUGAGGACGGCAGCGACAUGGAGCUGGACUUAUUAGCAGCUGCAGAGACCGAGAGCGACAGUGAGAGUAACCACAGCAACCAGGACAACGCCAGUGGACGGAGGAGCGUGGUCACUGCUGCCACUGCAGGCUCCGAAGCCGGUGCCAGCAGUGUCCCAGCGUUCUUCUCUGAGGAUGAUUCUCAGUCCAACGACUCGAGCGACUCUGACAGCAGCAGCAGCCAGAGUGACGACGUGGAGCAGGAGACCUUCCUGGUGGAUGAGCCGCUGGAGCGGACGGCGGGGGCCACAGGCGCGAACGUGGCUGCGCAGGCGCCCCGCUCCAUGCAGUGGGCUGUGCGAGGCAGCGCUGGCCAGCGCACUCCUGUCAGCACCCCCGCCAGCUCCUCCACCCCUGCCGGGAGCUCCACAGGCCUGAUCUACAUCGACCCGUCCAGCCUCCGCCGCAGUGGCACCAUCAGCACCAGCGCCGCCGCCGCCGCUGCUGCCAUGGAGGCCAGCAGCUACCUGACGUCAGCCAGCAGCCUGGCGCGCGCCUACAGCAUCGUCAUCCGCCAGGUGUCGGACCUCAUGGGCAUCAUCCCCAAGUACAACCACCUGGUGUACAGUCAGUACCCGGCUGCUGUGAAGCUCACCUACCAGGACGCGGUGAAGCUGCAGAGCUAUGUGGAGGAGAAGCUGUUUCCCACCUGGACCUGGAUGGUGUCCAUCAUGGAUUCCACAGAGGUGCAGCUGCGCUACGGCUCCGCUUUGUCCUCGGCGGGCGACCCGAGCCACUCCAGCCACCCGCUACAUGCCUCACAGCACACAGGCCGCCGGGAGCGCGUAGCCACCCGCGAGGAGGCCAGCUUACGGACCCUGGAGGGCCGCAGGCGCACUUCGACACUGCUCGCAGCGCGCCAGGGUGCUGCAUCUGCACGCAGUGACUUCCUCAACUACGCCCUGUCCCUGAUGCGGGCACACGGUGACGAGCACUCCGACGUGUUGCCGGUUCUCGACGUAUGCUCGCUGAAGCACGUGGCCUACGUUUUCCAGGCCCUCAUCUACUGGAUCAAGGCCAUGAAGCAGCAGACCACACUGGACACCCCGCAGGUGGACAGAAAGCAAACCCGGGAAAUACUUGAACUGGGUUUAGAUAAUGAGGACUCCGAGCAGGAAAACGACGAGGACACUAAUCAGAGCUCCACCCUCAACGACAAGGAUGAGGAGCCUGUUCCGGCUGAAAUGGGUCAGAACCACCCCUUCUUCCGCCGCUCAGACUCCAUGACGUUCCUGGGCUGCAUCCCUCCUAACCCCUUCGAGGUGCCUCUGGCAGAAGCUAUUCCCCUGGCAGACCAGUCUCACCUGUUACAGCCAAAUGCCAGGAAGGAAGAUCUGUUUGGUCGUCCAAGCCAGGGACUAUACUCUCCUUACAGCACAAGCAAAGGGCCCACUGAAGUCACUCAGGAAAGAAACUGUCUUGAGGUAACCAUCAAUGUCCUUCCCACCAAGAUGUCCUAUUCUACAAACAUGAAGAACGUGAUGUCCAUGCAGUCUCAGCAGAAGGUCACGGUGGCACGUGAACCAGAGGUCCCUGAGCCCGGCCCCUCAGCCCAUGACCUGGCUGCCCAGCUCAAGAGCAGCCUGCUGGCUGAGAUCGGCCUGACGGCCAGCGAGGGGCCACCGCUGCAUUCCUUCAGGCCACGCUGCAGCUUCAUGGGCAUGGUGAUCUCCCAUGACAUGCUGCUGGGCCGUUGGCGUCUCUCCCUUGAGCUCUUUGGGCGGGUCUUCAUGGAAGAUGUUGGGGCGGAGCCUGGAUCGAUCUUGACAGAGCUGGGGGGCUUUGAGGUGAAGGAGUCCAAGUUCAGGCGGGAAAUGGAGAAGCUGCGGAACCAGCAGUCCCGUGACCUGACGCUAGAGGUGGAACGUGACCGCGACCAGUUGAUCCAGCAGACCAUGCGGCAGCUGAACGCACAUUUUGGUCGCCGCUGCGCUGCCACUCCCAUGGCCGUACACCGCGUCAAGGUCACCUUCAAGGACGAGCCGGGCGAGGGCAGCGGCGUGGCGCGGAGCUUCUACACGGCCGUGGCCCAGGCCGUUCUCUCCAACGAGAAGUUACCCAGCCUGGACUGUCUGCAGAGUGCUGGCAAGGGCCUGCAGGCCAGCAGUCUAAUGCAGCGUCUGAGGAACAGAGACCGAGAGAGGGAGAGGAGAAGUGGGGGGCUGCGAACCAGUUCACGCAGAGACCGUGACAGAGAUUCGAGGAGACAGCUGUCCAUCGAUACUCGGCCCUUCAGGCCUGCAGCUGAAGGAAACCCAAGCGAGGAUGCAGACCCUCUGCCAGCUCACAGACAGGCGCUGGGGGAGAGGCUGUACCCACGGGUGAAUUCCAUGCAACCGGCAUUUGCCAGCAAGAUUACAGGGAUGUUGUUGGAGCUGUCCCCAGCUCAGCUGCUGCUGCUCCUGGCCAGCGAGGACUCGCUACGGGCCAGGGUGGAGGAGGCCAUGGAACUCAUCAUUGCACAUGGAAGGGAAAAUGGUGCAGACAGCAUAUUAGACCUUGGCUUGUCAGACGCCUCAAAGUCCCAGCAGCCGGAGAGUCGCAAACAGCACGGCUCGGGCCGUAGUGUGGUGGACAUGGAGCUGGAUGAUGGGGACGACAGUGACGACAGCACCCCCCUCUUCUACCAGCCCGGUCGGAGGGGUUUCUACUCCCCCCGACCCGGGAAGAACACAGAGGCGCGGCUCAACUGCUUUCGCAACAUCGGCAGAAUGCUUGGCCUGUGCCUGUUGCAGAAUGAACUAUGUCCCAUCACACUGAACCGACAUGCCAUCAAGGUGCUGCUUGGGCGGAAGGUAAACUGGCACGACUUUGCAUUCUUUGAUCCCGUGAUGUACGAGAGCCUGCGACAGCUGAUCCGUCACUCUCAGACAAGCGAGGCAGAGGCAGCAUUCGCCGCCAUGGAUCUGGCUUUCGCCAUUGACCUCUGCAAAGAGGAAGGGAGUGGGCAGGUGGAGCUCCUACCUAGAGGCGUGAACAUCCCUGUGACACCCCUGAAUGUAUACGAAUACGUGAGAAAGUAUGCGGAACAUCGGAUGCUGGUGGUGGCUGAACAGCCUCUGCAUGCAAUGAGGAAAGGUCUCCUGGACGUGCUUCCCAAAAAUUCCCUGGAGGACCUGACAGCCGAAGACUUCAGGCUUCUGGUGAAUGGGUGUGGAGAGGUCAACGUGCAGAUGCUCAUCAGCUUCACAUCCUUCAACGAUGAGUCUGGGGAAAAUGCAGAAAAACUGCUGCAGUUCAAGCGAUGGUUUUGGUCAAUCGUGGAGAAAAUGAGCGUGGCUGAGAGGCAGGAUCUGGUGUACUUCUGGACAUCUAGUCCGUCCUUGCCAGCCAGUGAGGAGGGCUUCCAGCCUAUGCCCUCUAUCACCAUUCGACCCCCCGACGAUCAGCACCUUCCUACCGCCAACACCUGCAUCUCUCGCCUCUACGUGCCGCUGUACUCUUCCAAACAGAUCCUCAAACAGAAACUCCUGCUAGCAAUCAAGACCAAGAACUUUGGUUUUGUGUAGAGCUUAACAACACAUUUACUGUUGUGUACUGUUUAGUUUUAUUAUGAUUUUUUUUUUUGUCUUUACAUCAUUACAAAGGCUGUUGCCUCCCUGGUUGAUCAUUUUUCUGUGUCCUAAACGAAGGCAACUUGUGUUUUCCUGACAAAAAAAAACAUGUACAUUCCUGUACAGCUAUUUGCAUCACCAGCUUGAACUGUAACUUCCUAGGAAUUUGGUCAGACAGUAAACUGUCGGCAGAACCCAGCCAAAGAUGACAGAAUAAAUAUUAAAAUUAAAAUAGUUACACUGUGAUUAUGAUUUAUUUUGCCCUGGACAGAAUACAUAAUAUUGAAUGUUCACUGCUGCCUUUGUCAAAAGUCGUUUGUAUAGGGGGAGUAGGGAGUUUCAAAAAUAAACUUGGACGCAAAAUA